AUGAUUGCAGAUGUAGAUCUUGUCAAGCUUCACGUCCAGGGCAUCGAGCACGAAGAUCUCCCCCAGGAUUUGGGUAACAAGAGUAAGCUCCUGCUCGAGUCCAAUCCAGUUCACAAGAAGGUCCCGGUUCUCAUCCACAAGGGCAAGCCCAUCGCAGAGUCGGCCAUCAUCGUCCACUACAUCGACGAGGUUUGGCCUGGAACAUCGCCACUCUUGCCGCAGGAUGCAUUCCUCCGCGCACAGCACCGCUUCUGGACUGAUUUCUUCGACAAGAAGUUCAUCCAAGACUGUUUGCUUCUCGAGGGAGCUCUGGCGGAGCUGGGCGAUGAGGAAGAGGGCCCCUUCUUUGGUGGCGCGAGCAUGUCGUUCUUGGAACCCUCUACGGUGUGGAUCCCAGCGCUUGAGCAAGUGGUGGGCUUGAAGCCCGCGAGCCAGGAGCAAUGCCCGCGUCUCCACAAACUCUUCGGGGCUGUGACCGAGCAUCCCUCGGCCAAAGUGGCACUGCCACAGAUCGAGAAGCUCAAAGAGUUUACCCAGGCUCGCUUAGUGAGCAAGUGA